AUGUCGCAGAGUGUCCUGACUUUUGAUCAGAUUUCGAACGCGAAGAGUCAUCGCAAGGAGCUCGAACUUCCGGAAUUUAUCAUGUCUAAGGUGUUUUUUCUUACCGGUGCGGGCAGUGGACUUGGUCGAGUCACGGCUCGCUAUCUUUUGCUGAAAGGGCACCGUGUCUUCUUGACUGACUAUAACGAAUCAUUUCUCGAAAUUACCUGUACGAAGCAUCUUUCUUCUGUUAUUCCUGCAGAAAUGGCUUCCAAUUUCAGAUGGUCUCGGAUGGAUGUUUCAAAUGGGGAAGAUGUUGCACAAGCUAUUCUAAAGUGCGUCCAGGAAUUUGGAACAAUCGAUGUUCUCAUCAACAAUGCAGGAAUAAACAGCCAAUAUAUGCGUGCGGGAAUUCGUAUGGACGAAGUUCCAAUAUCGGAUUUUGAGCGCAUUCUUAACGUGAAUCUCAUCGGGACCUACCGAGUCUCUCAGCAAGCGAUUCCAUAUCUUGAGAAAUCCCCGGGAGGGGGCGUGAUUAUCAACAUGUCUAGCUGUCGUGCUCACCAGCAAAGCAAGCAUGGAGAAGCAUAUGCGGCAUCAAAAGCGGGCAUCGAAGGGCUAUCUAUGGCAAUGUCCGUCAGCCUCGGUCCUAAAAUUCGAGUCCAUGUUAUUAGUCCUGGGAUGGUUGAUGUGCGGUCCGAAAGAGACGAAGAAGCGAUGCCCGAUAUCGAUACGAUUCGGAAAGAUUUAAAACGGGAUUUCCAAAGCGAGUAUGCGCCCGAGUGGGGAUUUGGGAAGAGUGAAGCGAUGCAUGAGGCACACCCAGUGGGCAGAAUUGGAAAAGGGGAGGACGUUGCGAGAUGGGUCGAGUUUUUGUCCGUCCUUGAAAGCGGUUUUACUACGGGAGGGACAUAUUUGGUGGAUGGAGGAUACUCCAAGGUGCUUUCUUAUCCGAAUUAA